AAUGAAGGAACAACAAGAAUCUCUCUCCUCUCAUGGCGUUUCCAUCCGCCUCCUCCGCCCCGCUUCAUGCUCAAGGCCCGGCGCUGCCGUUCUCUUCUUCCUCAUCCUCUUCCGUCCUCAUCAAUGGCAGACCGACGUCUCGCGUCUCUUGCGGUCCCCGGCGCCGCCCCUCCGAGCCCGGCCUUUGCCACGGUCGCUCUCCUUCCCCACUCGCUCCACUCUUGCCGGCGUUCCUUGGUCUCCCUUCUCCUUAUCCUCUGACUCAUUGGGUUUUCCCGCAUUACUUGGAGUUCACGCGUCCGAUGUCGCCUCUUCAUUGUUGCCUAGGUGCCAAAUUGUCGCCAAGCUACAUCAAGUUGAUCCUUUUCAACACAAGGUACAGGAAAGAAGCGAGAUUGAGCCCAAGAAAACCAAAGUUAAGAUUGGGGUCGUGGAUAAUCUGGUGACGGAUGGUCCCCUUGUUUUGAGCUCUUCAAGGCUUGAGGGAAAUAGUGCUCCCCCUCCCCCUCCUCUGGUUAGUGCGUUGAAGGCUGCAGCCGAACAGAAUGUUGCGAGCUUCCAUUUUCCUGGACAUAACAGAGGCCGUGCCGCUCCAUCUUCGUUGGCUGGGGUUAUUGGCAUCGACCCUUUUCGUCAUGAUUUGCCUGAGCUUCCUGAGCUGGACAACCUCUUCUGUCCAGAGGGCCCCAUCUUAGAUGCACAGAAGCAAGCAGCUGAGCUGUUUGGAUCAUCAGAAACGUGGUUUCUUGUCGGGGGUACUACAUGUGGUAUCCACGCUGCAAUCAUGGCUACUUGUUCCCCUGGGGACACUCUCAUUCUCCCUCGAAAUUCUCAUUUGUCAGCAACCUCUGCCAUGGUGUUGUCUGGUGUGGUACCAAAAUACAUCAUGCCUGAAUAUAAUUCUGAGUGGGGCAUUGCCGGCAGCAUCGAUGUUGCACAGUUAGAGAAAGCAUUGAGUGAUUUGGAAAGUGAAGGUAGAAAAGCUGCGGCAGUUUUUGUCACUUCCCCUACUUAUGAGGGUGUAUGCAGUAACAUAUACGAGCUUUCCCAGCUGAGUCACUCUCAUGGAAUUCCGCUGAUUGUUGAUGAGGCUCAUGGUGCACAUCUUGGAUUUCAUAGUCAGCUGCCAGCUUCAGCCCUCCAGCAAGGAGCCGAUAUCUCUGUUCAGUCUACACACAAAGUUUUAUGCUCCCUCACUCAGUCAUCCAUGCUGCACAUGGCGGGGAAUAUCGUAGAUAGAGAGAGAAUAUGUAAAUGUCUUCAAACGCUUAUGAGCACCAGUCCUAGUUAUUUGCUUUUGGCAUCCUUGGAUGCUGCCAGAGCUCAGUUGAGUGAAAACCCAGGAGCCAUAUUCCACAGAUCAAUUGAUUUGGCAGUUAUGGCAAAGGAAUUGCUAGAAGAAGUGCCAGGUGUUACUCUACUCGACUCUUCAAGCUUCCCCAACUGUAGCGCCAUGGACCCUCUGCGCCUUACGGUUGGAUUCUGGCAGCUGGGUAUGUCUGGUUAUGAAGCAGAUGAGAUUCUAGAUAGGGAUCAUGGGAUUGUCUGCGAACUUGUUGGGUCCCGAUAUAUGACUUUCACUCUAAAUCUUGGAACCCACAAAGAACAUAUUCAGAGGCUAGUCUCUGGAAUAAAGCACCUAUCUGCAGCAUCAGCUGUCAAGAGCUUUGAAGGUACAGUGAAUAAUGGAGAUUUGGGUCCCUUUGUUGACAUAGAGAUGGCAAUGAGUCCUAGAGAUGCAUUCUUUAUGAGCAAAAGGAAAGCAGGCAUCGAAGAGUGUCCUGGAAAAAUCUGUGGAGAGUUGAUAUGUCCAUAUCCACCAGGCAUUCCACUACUGAUCCCUGGAGAGAUCAUUACGGAGCAAGCUUUGGACUAUUUGAAGCAAGUUAAGAAAGAUGGAACGCUGAUAACUGGAGCCUCUGAUCCUUUGCUCUCUUCAUUAAUUGUUUGCAAUAAGUAAAUUUUGAGCUUAAGUAGAAAUAGCCUCGCUUCUCUCAAUUUUAGCAAAAUUCGAGGCUGGGCGGCAAUACUCACUUCUCUAGAUUCAAGCAAUUAGUAUUGGCCUAGGGCAAGUUUCGGUGGUUGUCAGGUGCAUCAGAGUCUGCAUUUAGGACUUCAUUUUGAAGAAAUUAUCUGAAUGAAAAAUGGGGAUUCUUCUCAAGGUCCAAUUGUUGACCAGUAAAAUGCUUGAGCGAUCUCUUCUUGUCUCAUAGACAGCUUGAAGGUUCAGACAUCUGUGAAAACAGUGAGCUCCACAUUCUCCUAGGAUUUGUCAACAUAUUCUUAGUAAUUCGGUACAUUGACCAGAUGAUAUGUAUAUACAGAUUUUUCUCGAUAGAUAUUUAACAUUUUGUCCAUGCCACAGAGCUCAAGGCAGGGGUGGCCCUUCUGGUGCAUCUGAAUUCACAUUCCCUGCCAAUCCAGCAGAGAAGCUUGCCUUCAUUUUUUCCCAAUCAGUCCUCUUGCCUUUGUGCAUCGUUAUUGGCAUUGGUUGACACUUAAACAAUGUGACUCUUCCAGGUCUUGGCGUCAAUCAUAUGAAGAAAAGAAAAACAAAGAUAGCAAUUUUUUUAAGAUUCACUGGUAAGUGAAUUAUGCUAGCAGUCAAUGACUACAUACCACAUACCCUUAUCAUCGGUAUUAAAGUGCCGAGCAUUACAUUCUUUAAGAUUGCACACAUGGUUUCCUUUUAUUCUGGUGGUUGCACAUGAAAACAGCUACACCACAUGAGGAGAGACAUGCCAGCAUCUGUCUAUGAGUUAUAACUUGAUCAUAUUAACUGAAAUAUGACAGGGUAGUGAUGAUCAGUCCAGGUCCUGUCGUCUAGCGUUGGCACUUCCUAGUUCUUGAAAGGUCUUGUCCUUAAAUAUCGUCACAAGAUGUUAGUUAUGAUGGACCAUAUCAAUUGCAAUUUACAUCUCCUGUAGUAAGCCCAUUGGUAAACACACUAUAGAAGCACUCGGGUGGUGUCAUCUGAAUUUGUUGGUCCAUUUCUCUGCUUGUACUUUGUAAUAUCUCCACCGUAGUGGGAAAUUGCACUACAUGCGUUUGAAUCUGUUAA